CCUAAAAUUAUAUUACUUGUUAAUAGUUCUCUUAUUAUUCAUUAUAUCAAGAUGCUUAUUAGUUCUUUAGUUGGGAAGGUACAAAAGAGUUUACUACUCUUUGUACCAAGAAAGCAUGCAUUGAGUUACUGGAAUGAAGAUCAUGCCAUAACUACAAGUGAGUUGGCUGAUGAUGUUAUGAAAGGCUACUUUGCUGUUCUUGCAAGGAAGGGUGAUGAGACUAGAAGGUUUAUUGUUGGGUUAGAUUACUUAACAGAUCCUGCUUUUGUGGGAUUGCUUGAUGAAGCUUGGGAGGAGUAUGGUUUCAGACAGAAGGGAACUCUUGUUGUUCCGUGUCGGCCGAUGGAGUUGCAGAACAUUCUAGAUGGCCGGAAAACAUAGAUGAAGGAAAGAAUCAUAUUCUUCUGUUAAGAUCUUGUCUAUUUUGUAUUAUAUGAGAACUUGACACAAAGAUAGAGUAUAUGUUUGAAAUUUGAAUACUCCUAUCCCUUUUAACACACUAUUUUAUACUCCCUCCGUCCCAAAUUAUAAGAGAAAUUCACUUUUUAGAUUCAUUGAAU